AUGACGGCUGACGACGCCAUGUAUGAGGAUCCAGCGUACGACGCGGAGCUGACACUCGACGCGGAGAUGGAAGAGGAUCACGCGGCCAUCGCAAACAACCCUCCAGCGCAUUUGGCCCUAGAGCCCAUGGAACAGCUGACGGAGGCUGAGGCAGAGAUGGCUGAUGUGGAAGAUGCAGAAGUAAUCGAUACUUCUAUCGUGGAGGUGGGACUGGAGGAAGCGGCCAUGAACUCAGAAGCUCUGCGGCACAGUGCGGUUCUGGCUAAGGAGGAGGAAAGUGGAAGCGCGACGGUGACGGAUGCAGCCACCGUCCCUGUGAUCCCUGCUGAAUUUUCGGCGAAUGUGAUCGACGGAGAUUCUGUGCAGACUACAAUGGGCGUUAAUGCAUUGGACGCGUCCUCUAGACCCCGCUUGUUGUCUUCCGAGCAUUCUCAUGACGACGGGCAUCGCGCAGAUAGCGACCAGCCGCUAGCCGAUGCGCAGGAUGCAAAGGCAGCCAUUGUUCUCGAACAAAAGGAUGCGCCCAGCGAAAAUGUUUCCAAAAGUGCGGAGGAAGGGGCCGAGGGAGAUGCGGAUCAAGAUCGCCAUGCCGUUACCGAGGACACCUCACAAGGCGGCAAGUCUGAAAUGGAAUCGCAGGGUGUUCAGGACGAUCACGAUAAUUUCCCUGCCAUCCGUCUCACCUUCGACGGCCACGGCUUUGUCAUCCAGUGUGGUGAUCGCGAAGGCGAUCUGCUGUCGUACGUACCGGCUCCAGGGACAUCCAAAGAAUCGGCCGAGGCGAGGACAGUUGCACCUGGAAUCAAGGUUCCCGAAAACCUAUACCUACAGCCACUGGAGGCACUCUUUCAACAACUACGGCUCGCAGAGGCGCUGGGAGAGUUUCUCGAGGACGACACUGAGCUCAUCCUGUCGUUUCCGGAUCUUGACCUCAUCAUACCAGAAGACAAUAUUUACGCCAGAGAAGUCACCCUCGAGGAUAUUCAUAAUCUGCACGUAGGCUGCGGACUGGAGCACAGUCUGCACAUCCUAGUGACCGAAGGCCCACGCUUCAUCAAUCGCUUCAAUUCACUUUCGGCUCAAGCCGAUGCUUUCACGGAUUCGGGAGAGAUGGCGACGCAGACGAACGGCAAGCUUGCAGCUGAAGAGCAAGAGCAAGUAUACCUACAUGGACGUGUCGUUUCGUCCACGCAAGGGUCAUCGGCAGCGGCGGGCGAAGAGCCGGACGAGUCAAGCAACGCAGAGCAUGUGUACGAGACAGUGGGAAAUGAAGCGAACGAAGUUGAGGACGAUGCCGCAGUGAAUGAAGUCGACCCUGGUGAGGAGGUGAUCAUCGAUUAUGACGAAGCUGAGCACGAGGCGGGAGGCCCAGAAACCACGGCGGCAGACGUGGAAGCCUCCAAGGUGUCUCGGUCCAAUAUUGAGGGCCAUACUGAGGUGAACAGCAGCGUUGACAACGGCGAUGCUGAAGAGCCUGCCACGCGCAAGCGUCACGCACAGCCGACUACCGAAGCAGGCACCGAUGCUGAAGACAUUGAGGGGAACGCGAAACGUGCGAGAUCAGACUGA